UAUCCUGCAGCCUGGGCGCGCGGACCCACCCACUGUCAGGACCUGUCAAGUCGGCCGGCGCCUCAAAACCGGCGCAAGUGCAAAGCAGCACCGUCUAGUGUCCGGGCGGCAGCGCAGCCCUCUGCGACAAGGUGACAAGAACACACUCCCAAUACCUCAGCACAGCCACAGUCUAGAGGUGAGUGAGCGAGGCACAUGUCGCUAGGGCUUGAGGUUGUGGCGGCAAGAGGCAGUGGAGGCAGUAGCAACGGCAGCAGCAGUAGCAACGGCAACAACAGUAGCGCCAUGACCAUAGCGCUGCAGCCCUCGCUGCCACCGCCUGCCGCACCCACCACCGACAACAGCACCACCGGCGACAGCGGCAGUGACAGCAUCAGCGACAGCGGCAGUGACAGCAUCAGCGGCAGCGGCAGUGGCGACAGCAGUGGCAGCGGUGACAGCGGCAGUGGCAGUGGCGCCGCCGCCCCCCGCACCGGCGGCACCUCCACAGCCGCCGACGAGGGCCUGCCCUCCAAGUCCGCCCCCACACCCGUGUACGUCACGCCGGUGACAACCAGCCAGCAGCAGCAGCAACAGCCGCCAGACAACUCCACCUCCUCCACCUCCACCUCAUCUGGCUCCUCUUCCUCUGUGGACCCGAACGCCCAGCCAGGCCGGGUGUUCCCGCCCGCCACUGACACAGCAGCACGGCCCACCACUGCUGCUACUGCCGGCGGCGACAGCGGCGGCGGCGGAGACCCCAGCGUCACCGCUGCCUCCGGCCCUGAUGACAACAGCAGCGGCAGUAGCGGCAGCAGCGGAAAUCCCAGCGGCAGUAGCAGCGACGCAGCUGAUGCGGCUGUUCCCGACACCACCACUGACACCACCAACACGAACGCCACCACUUCUGCUGAUGAGCCGCCAGUCACCGCCGCCCAGGGCCCCAGCUUCAUCCGCAGCCCUGACUCCGACGUCGCCUACAGUGACGCCUCCAGUGACGCCUCCAGUACCGGCCCCAGCGGCAGCAGCAGCAGCGAUACCCCCGGCGGCGGCAGCGCUCCGGUGCCACCCCAGGACCAGGACCAGCAGCAGGGGCAGCCGCGGCGCGGCAACGGCACUGACGGCGCCGCGUGUGACUGGCGGCGUGCGCACGCGGACUGCGCCGCCGGCUACAGCUGCAUCCCCUCGCCCCAGUCCGCGUACGCGCCGGGCGCCUGUGUGCCCGACCCGCUGGGCGGCAACCCGCUCCCGCCCGACCUGGCGGCACCGGUGGUGUUCUACCCGCUCACCAACGGCAGCCUGGACCCCUGGCCGCCCUACCCCUGGGGCGGGGCGGCGUACCCGGGCGGCGUGCUGCAGGGCUCGCCCUACUGGACCGACCCCGACACGGAGCCCGACGACGAACUGUUCCCGGGCGCCCUCACCUGCGACAUGGCCAGCAGCAGCCUGGUGUCCUUCCCCGGCCUGCCGUACGGCCGCAGCGGCGCCUUCACGCUCAACCUGUGGAUGCGGAAGAGGCCGCAGGACACACCCCCGCCUUCGCCCCCGACACAACAGCCCAACAGCAGUAGCAGCAGCAGCAGCAACAGCAGCGGCAGUAGCAACAGCAGUGGGCUGGCCGCGCUGGCGGCGGCUGUAGCGGACCUGUUUGGGGGCGGCGGCGGCAGUAGCAGCAGUGCCGCCCUGGGAGGGGGCGGCGGUCACCCGUACGAGUACAUGCUGAGUCACGCCAACGUGCAGCCACUGAGCGACCGCGCCGCGCGCUACUCGGCGUUUGCACGCAACCAGAUCACGCUGUACCUGCCCUCCCGCUCCAGCCGCCUGUACGGCAUCGCGCGCGGCAUCGUCAAGGACGGCAACGACGGCCCGGGGGAGGUGUUCCUGGACAGCGACGGAGCCGUGGCGGACAACGAGCGGCCCCGGCCCGUGUACAGCCCUGUCAACCUGACGGACGGCGAGUGGCACAUGCUCACAGUCAGCAGCCAGCCCACAGGCGCCAGCAGCGGCAGCAGCAGCAGCGGCAGUAGCAGCGGCGGCCGGGGCUGGCGGCUGUAUGUGGACGGCGUGAUGGCGGCACAGCUGCCGGACCCCGCCGCCGACGUGGAGGUGGACGGUGGCGACCCCCUGUCCCUGCGCGGGCCGCUGCUGCUGUGCGGCCGGUACGGCGGCGCCGCCAGCCGGGCGUACGGCGGCCAGCUGGCGCAGCUGUCAGUGUACGACACCGCCCUCAGUGCUGUACAGGUGGAGCAGCUGUACAACAUGGUGGUCAACCCCACCGGUGUGCCUCCCCCCUCCCUGCCGCUGCGCCGCCACCCCUGGUACGGCAGCACGCUCCUCACGCCGCCCGCCUGGCUGGAGGCCGACACCAGCAACAGCCGCUGGGCGGGCGAGGCCGCGAGACUGCUGCCCGCCACCGCCACACCCACACCCACCACCGCCCUGGAGCCCGGCCCCGUCAUUGGCGGCAGCAACGGACCCAUCACCCUCAACGGCAGUAGCAGUAGCAGCGGCAACGGCAGUAGCGGCAGUAGCAGCAAUGCGUCCGGUGCGGCGUUCCUGGAUGAUGUCCGGGGCGCGGCCGAGGCGCUGGCGGACGCCAUGGCGGCGGCUCAGGCGGCGGCGGCGGCGGCUGAGGCCAGCUACAACGCCAGUGUGGGGCGGCCAUGCAGUCUGGACCUGAGGAGGGAGGCGGGGCUGGCGUUCUGCGCGGCGGGGCUGGUGUGCGCCCCCGUCUACACAGCUGACCCCACCACCAACACAUCCUCCUCCCCCCUGGCCGGCGGGCCCCUGGCCGGCUCCCCCCUCGCCUUCUCCUCCCCCGCCGCCGCCGCCGCCAUCACCGACGCCCUGUCCUCCGCCGCCGCCCUGCUCGGCGUGUGUGCGCCGCCGGCCGCCGGCAUACUGCUGCCACCCGCCUGGCCCUCCGACUGGGCCGCGCCCGCAGCCCACUUCCCCCUCACAGGCGGCAGUAGCGGCAGUAGCGGCAGCAGCAGCGGUAGCGGCAGUAGCAACCCCAACAGCAACCUGCGGUCCUGGCCGACGGGGCGGUACGGCGGUCGUCUGGUCAACGCCAGCUGGGAACCAGACGCGCGGUUCGGCUCGGUGGUCCGGUGCGACCAGACCCGCCGCAGCAGCGUGCGGCUGGAUCCGGUGCCGUACGCCGCCCGGGGCCCGCUGGCCGUGAACCUGUGGCUCCGGACCAGCCGCCAGGACCUGCAGCCGGAGGGCGGUGGCAGUAGCAGUAGCGGUGGCGGCAGUAGCAGUAGCAGCAUCUUCCAGUACGUGUUUAGCCACAUGGCGGCGGGGCCCUUCCAGAGCUUCGGGCCCAACCAGAUCCACCUCUACAUCCCCGAGGCCGGCUCGCCCCUGUACGGCGUGUCGGUGCGGGCCAUAGCGCGCGACGCCGGGGACGGCUACGGCGGGCGGCGCAGUGAGGUGUGGCUGGACAGCGACGGCAGCGUGGGCAACGACCAGCCGCGCAGCAACGCCCCCCGCGAUGACGGAGUGGACAUCGCGGACGGCGCCUGGCACAUGGUCACACUCACCACCGGCUGGUCCUCCCCCGGCUACAGCCUGUAUGUGGACGGCCUGCUGCGCGGCGAGCUACGGCCCGACCCCACCACCUCGGCAGUAGCAGCCGGGGGCGGGGGAGGGGGAGGAGGUGCUACUGCUCGGCGCGACACCACCAACCCGGAUGACACGAUCGUGGACGUGACUGGCGGCGGCCCCGCGCAGCUGAGCGGCCCCAUCACGUUGUGCGGCCGCGCGGACGGCGACCCGGGCCGCCACUUCAGCGGCUGGGUGGCGGCACUCAGCCUGUGGGACGGAGCGCUGGCGGGCUGGCAGGUGGCUGCGCUGUACGACACCUACCAGCGCCAGGCGGUGCUGCUGCCGGCGGGGCAGGUGGUGCCGGGCGGCGGCUACCUGGCUGCCCUCACCGUGUCGGGCCAGCCGUGUGUGUUCCCGGUGCCGUACGGCGGCCGCAACCUGUACGGCUGUGUGGCGCUGGACGGACUGGUCAGCUGCCCCGUGCAGGGCGGGCGGUGGUCCGCCUGCGCCUUCGCCGCCACCGGCCCCGCCGCCUCCCUGCCCCUCACCCCUGGCGCCGCCGUAGACAACAGCGGCGGUGGCAACACCAACACCAACACUACUGCCGGCAGCGGCAGCAGCAGCAGCGAUAACAGCAGCGGCAGCAGCGGCAGCGGCAACGGCACUGCUACUGCCGACGACACGGCGGGUGACAGUGACAUGCUACAGCCGGUCCAGCUGGUGGAGUUAUCGGGGUGGGCGGUGUCGGACGGGGCAAUGCUGGGGCCGGCGGGGGGCGCACUGCCGCGCCUGACGCUGGGAGGACAGCUGUGUGUGUUGCCGUUUCUGGCUCCCUCCCGCCCCGGCGCGCCGCCCACCCGCCAGUUCGACUGCCUGCGACUGGACGGCCCCGCGGGACCCGAGCUGUGCCCCACACAGGUCUCCACCCUGCGCGGCAGUAGCAGCGGCAGCGGCAGCGGCAGUGGUGGUGCUACUGCCGACACGGACACCGACCCUAACGCGGCCACAGACGACGGCCAGACGGACGCAGUGCCAGGCGACACGUCGGCGGCACUGGUGGGGGCGCCCGUGGCGGUGGUGGGACCCGGCGGCAGUAGCAUCAGCAGCGGCAGUAGCAGUGGCAGUAGCAGCGCUAAUGCUACGACAGCCGGCAACAGCGACGACUAUGACAGCAGUAGUAGCAGUGACGGCAGUGGCGGCGGUGACGGCGUUAGGCUGCUGGAGUGCGCGCCGGUGGUGGCUCGGCCGGUGGAGGCCACCACAUGCCGCGACGAGGCGGCGGCGGCGGCGCGGGCGGCGGCGGGACUGCCGGUGCGCAACUUCACGCGCUGCAUCAACACACUGGGUAUCGACGCCUGCCGUGUGGAUUUCGACGCCUCCGGCCCCGGCGGGGGUGACGGCGUGUGGGUGGUGUGCCCGCCCGCCCCCCGCACCGCCACCAGCGGCCAGGCCUGUGCGGUGCCCUUCACACUGGGCGCCCAGCUGCGCAGCGACUGCGUGGUGCCGACAGCAGCCAACGGCAGUAGCAGCAGCGGCAGCGGCAGUAGCAGCAGUAGCAGUGGCAGUAGCAGCAGCAGGGAGGUGUGCAUGGUCAAGGUGGACAGCGGCGACGUGGGCAGUAGCAGCAGCAGUAGCUCCGGGGGCGGCGGCAGUAGCGGUGGUGGCAGUAGCAGCAACACCACAGCUGAUGACGCCAGCAGCAGCACUGAUGACUACAACCAGCAGCCGCCGGCGAUGCAGCUGGCGGAGUGCCUGCCGGUCUACUCGCCGCCGCCCACACUACAGCCCAGGACCCCCAUCCGGUUCACGCUGGACCGGCAGCGCUGUGUGGCGCCCGGCCCCGGCGCCCUGUCCGAGUGCCUGGACUACGGCGCGCAGGCUGUAGCAGCGGCGGCGGCAGUAGCAGGAGGGAUUGGUGCGGCUGCUGCUAAUGCUACUGCCGCGGACGCGGACACGGCGGCGGGGCCGCAGCAGGCGGCGGCGCUGCAGGCGUUGGCGGCGGCGGCGGGCGUGCCGGCGGCGGCGGCGGCGGGCGCGGAGGGGGAUGCGGCGUCACUGGUCGGGCGGUACAGCUGUGAGGUGGAGAGCGGGGCGCUGCUGGAGUGCGCGCCAGUGGAGCGGCAGACGCUGACUGCGGCGGCGCCACUGGCCUCGCCUGCUGGGGCGGACGACACCAACGCCGGAGACAGCGGCAGCAGCAGCGGCAGCAGCAGUGGCAGUGGUGAUAGCGACAACAGCAGCAGUAGCAGCAGUAGCAACACCACCGCCGAUGACAGUAGUGGCGGGAGCGGGGGCGAGGCGUGUGUGUUCCCCUUCUUCUUCCGCGGCCGCAACCGCACCGACUGCGUGUGGGUGGGCGGCGUGGAGGCGUGCAAGGUGUCGGGCGGCGGCUGGGCGGAGUGCAGUCCGCUGCACCGCAGCCUCUUCCCGCAGCCGCCCGCCAACGCCUCCGUCACGCCGCGACAUACCGUCAGCGGCGCCCCCUGCGCCCUGCCCUUCUUCUACAGGGGCCAGCUGCAGUGGGACUGUGUGGGCGGUGGCAUCGACCCGGGCUUCUGCCGCAGCACCGGCGCCGGCGGCGGCUGGGAGCAGUGCAUGCCUCGCGCCCAGGGCGGCCGCCCGCGCACCACCAUCACCGGACAGCCCUGCCAGCUGCCCUUCUUCCCGCCCGACCAACUGGCGGCGGCGAGGCAGGCGGCGGCGGCGGCGCUGGCGGCGGCCGCAGCCAACCUGUCGCCCGCCGCCGCCGCUUCCGGCAGCAAUGCCACAGAGGCGGCGGCGGCGGCGGCGGCGGCGGCGGCGGCUCCGCCGCCGCCGGUGCUGCCUCAGCCCGCGUACGACUGUGUGGGUGCGGGCGCGGGGUCGUGUCUGAACCCGCAGGGGCGGAUGGAGCCGUGUGCGCCGCGGCCGCGGGUGACGGCGCUGCUGCUGUCCGCACCGCUAGGUGGCGGCGGCGGCGGCGGCGGCGGGGGUGGCGGCGGUGGGGGAGACGUGGAGCUGGGCGGCGGCAACGGCAGUAGCGGCAGUAGUGGCGGCGCCAUGCAGCAGCUGGGUCAGGGGCCGCCGUGUCAGCUGCCCUUCACCUACGACAACACGACCUACUACGACUGCUUCACUCCGCCACCCGAGGUCGCCGCCGCCGCCCUGGCCGCCAUGCAGCAGCGCCAGCCCGUGCCCACAGCAGGAGGCGGCAGUAGCACUGACAGCAGCGGCAGUAGCAGCAGUGGCGGCUACGGCAGUAGCAGUGACCUGCUGACCAGCUUCUGCUCCCCCGCCCCUGUGGCACUGUCGCCCUCGGAGCUACUGCCGUGCCUGCCGCUUGACCCCUCCCUGGAGCAGCAGCAGCAGCAGGGCGGGAACGGCAGCAGCACGGCAGGGACAGUGCCCGCGUUUGGGGCUGUAGCAGCGGACAGCAGCAACGGCAGUAGCGGUGGCAACAUGUCAACGGUCGGACCGGGGGCGCCGCUACUGCCGGCAGCUGCCAUCGCUGCCGACGGCACUCCCGCCGUUGCGGCCCCUGCGCCUGCUACUGCCACUCCCGGGGUUGCGGGUGUGGACCCGCAGGACAACAUGCAGGCGGGCGGCGGCGGCGGCGGCGGGCGGGACCCAGCGGCGGCACAGCGGCGCCGCGACCUCGGGUUGGGGCUGGGGCUGGGUGUGGGACUGCCGUGCCUGCUGCUGCUGGUGGCAGGCGUUGCCUCGCUGCGCAAGCGCUGGGCGAGGAGGCACGUGCGCCAGGUGAUGCGCGAGGCACGCAUGGACGCCUACCACUCCUCCGCAUCCUCCGCCUCCUCCUUCUACCCGCACUCCCCCGGCUCGUCCGCCGCCGCAGCCGCCGCGCCGCUGCACGCCGGGCUGGGACGGCUGCCCACCCCCGCACCCACAGCCACAGGCGGCAGCAGCGCCCGCAGCAGUGCCGCCGCAGGCCCGGUUGCUCUACCAUCUGCGCGGGGCGGUGGCGGCGGCGGCGGUGGGGGAGGCGGUGUGACACAGGCCCCCGGCAGCGGCCUCCACCCCACAACCCUGGCCGCGCCCUCCGCCGCCCCCUCCGCCUCCGCCUACUCCCACUACUACUCGGCCAGCGGCCGCACAGGCGGCCCCACAGGCGGCAGCGGCGGCACGUCCGGCCCGUACGGCGCCAGCGGCAGCGGCCCCACAGGCGGCUCUAACAACAACGGCGGCGGCGGCAGUGUGGAGCUGAUGCGCACCGCCUCCUCCCUCUCCCCUUCCACCCCCUCGGCCUCUGCGGCCCCCUCCGCCGCCCCGCUGCCGCCUCCGCCCACCCGGCCCCGCGAGGCGCUGCAGCACCAGGACCAGCCCCUGCUGCCAGCACACUCACUGCCCAGCAGCACACGCGCAGCCAGCAGCGGCGGCGGCGCAGCCGCCAGCAGUGCGCCCUCCGCCGCCGCCGCCGCCCCCGCCUCCUCCUCCUCCUACUCCAUGCUGCCCCAGUUCAGCCUGGCCUCCCUGCAUUCCGCCGCCUCCUCCUUCCUCACCGCACCCAGUGGAGGGCAGCCGCCCGGCCCCGCCUCGUCCGCCGCCGCCGGCGCCACAGGCGGCAGUAGCAGUGGCAGUGGGCUGCAGCCGGCCGGCAGUAGCGGGCUGCUACUGCGGCCCUCGCGGCCGCCGCCGCCGCCACCCUUCCCGCGGGAGGGCGGCGGCAACGCCUUCGCGGCCACUGGCCCGCCCGCGCCGCCGCCAGCAGCAGGGGCGGCGGCGGCGGCGGGUCAGCAGCAGCAGCAGCAGCUGGGCUCUGGCGGCGUCGGAGGCGUCGGCACCAGCGGCGGCGCGGGUGCAGGGCGCGGCCCUGCCUCGGCGCUACUGUGACCGAGGUAAAGGAAUGUCAUUAUGUGCGGCAUUGGAAGACACCAAACGAGGAGGGUCCGAUCAGCACCGCGACCGCACGACGAUCAGCAGUGUGAGGUGUGGGCAGCGGGUGACGCGGACCGCCUUGGUUGCAUGCUCGGGACAUGUAGCUGAUUGCAUGCCGGCCGCGGUCUUGACAUGCAGGGGCUGUGGCGGGCAGUAGGGGCCGGUGGCGAGCUGCUGGUUGUUGUUGCCUUAAGAGAUGACCUGCUUCUAAGGGUACAGACCCCACGUGGGCACCCGCCCCUGACGUAGACGCGGCUGGGCUAGGCACAGGCGGGGGGCGGGCAGCAGAGGCAGGGUGCUGGAGGGGGCCGGACGGAGUGAGAGGUUGCGUUGCAGGUCGGGUGUCAAAUCGGCACCAGGCACGUGUGGAGGUCCACGGAGGAUAAACGUGCGGCUGUAUACAUUGUGUGGGUGAGGGUAGUGCGCCAGUCAUGCUGGAGAGCUGCAGUGUGUAUGUUCAUGUGGUUUGGCUUCAGUGGCCGUAGACCCGGGC